ACAAUAGGCAACUCUUAAUACAGCCAUCCAUAGAGAAAAAUACGCUUUUGUUUACAUCUGCCUGUUAAGUGUUUACCAAUAUGUGUUUACGUAUUUUAUUUAUCCUUGUCUCUGUCCUUGUUUUGUGUUUACCUCCCUGGUUUACCUAAAGCUGUCAAAAUUUUGAAAUCCAGUCUAAUUUCAUUUUCAUUUGACUUGAUUUCAGUUUUAAUUACCUAUUACCCUUUAUUACCUUAAUAGAGAAGACAGAUAAGGUGCACAUAAAUAAGUAAUAUAGUAAAAAUUAAAGGUAAGUCUGAUUACCAGUUAAAAUUAAAGGUUAAUUUGUAAAGUUUAUGCGUCACUAUUUAAAAUCAUUUUGAUAAUGACUGUUGAGAAUGUUUAGUUUGAUAUCGAAUUUGUUACCAAAUAAAGUUGUUCAAGGACUCACAGCGGCAUAUUUUAAGGUUGCAACACUAAAAUCAUUGGGAUUUAGAAACAAUCACAGUUCACAAAUUAACGUAUCUUUACCCAACAUGAAAGUCACUGUAUUGCCUGCCCUUAGUGAUAAUUACAUGUACUUGAUCACUGACGAAACAACUAAACAGGCUGCAAUAGUAGAUCCAGUUGCACCUAACACAGUUUUGGAAGCAGUAGAGAAUGAAAAAGUAAACUUAACAAAAGUGUUGACAACCCACCAUCACUGGGAUCAUGCAGGUGGGAAUGAGGAAUUAUUAAAAAAAUCUAAACAUCCUUUAGAAGUUUUUGGGGGCGACCAUAGAAUAGGAGCUUUAACAAAUAAAAUUGGUGAUGGAGAUAAAUUCAAAAUUGGAGAAAUUGAUGUUGAAUGUCUGUUUACCCCUUGUCACACUACGGGCCACAUUUGUUACUAUUUAACAGACUCUACGGGUCAAUCAGCAGUUUUUACAGGCGACACCUUAUUCAUAGGAGGAUGUGGUAGAUUCUUUGAAGGAACUGCUGAUCAAAUGUAUACAGCUCUUAUAGAAAAACUGGCAAAAUUACCUGAUGAAACCCUAGUUUUUUGUGGUCACGAAUACACUGAACAAAAUCUUAAAUUUGCUAGGCAUGUAGAAAAAGAAAACAGAGAUAUUGUAAAAGCAAUUGAAGAAGCAGAACAAAAAAGGGCUAAAGGAAUUCCAACAGUUCCAUCAACAAUAGGAAAUGAGAAGAAAAUUAAUCCAUUUAUGAGAGUUAUGAUGGGCACUGUUCAGAGACAUGCAAGUUGUAGUGAUGCUGUUUCCACAAUGAAAAACAUUCGAAAGGAAAAGGACUCUUUCAAGGCUUAAUAUAUUUAUGUAUUGAAUACACUAAUAAAUAAAAUUUCUGUUAUAUAUAACAUUAAUUUGUCCUAGAAAAUUAAAAGUAACCUACU